AAAAAAGCCAAACGCUUGUAUUUCCUCCUUCCUCUGUUGACGCUUGGCUGGGCUCGCUGGAAAGAUCCGCAAUGGUGCUAACGAACAGAGCAGCGAUGAUCUACAAAGUUUCAAUCAAGAAAUGAGAUUGACUAGCUUUUCCAAGGUGAGGCUUCGAAUCGCGCUCCCUCAGAGGGCACCGCCGCCGCGGACGUUGUGCGAGUUGCCGAACUGCAAUGGAUUGGGAAUCUCAGCGUGUAGUGGACUAUUUGACAGAGGUUGAGGAGGCAGCGGAACAAGUUCUGACCACCAAACAACAGAUGAUUGACCUGGAUAUGAAGAGAAACGGAAACAGAGAAGCACUGAAUGCACUGAAAAAGAUGGCUUCAGCAGAAAAAGUCAAGGUUUGCUUUGGACAUACGUUCAUCAAAUUCCCCAAGUCCACGGCCAAAGAAAUGAUUCAGAAAGAUCAGGACCAGUUGGACAGUGAACUAAAUCACCUCCGCCAAGGACUGAAAGCAAAUGUCAAUCAUCUAAAUAAGACGCAAGGAAAGCCUGAGCUGAGAGGCUACAACCUGUUACCACUGUCCACUGAAGAAAUGAAACCCGUUAAGAGUGUCUUCAAGCUGUGACCUCACAUCUUGCACAGGUUUCACGUUUGCAGGUGUAUUUUGAAGCCGUCCUGAUUUCUGAGUCUGUUGAUGGGCUAAAGUUGUCCAUCCGGUCAUCCAGUUCUACCAUCCCAGCCGAUUUGGGCAAGGGCCACCCAGAACUAGUUUCCAGCCAAUUGCAGGUGGCACCUAGACAAACAGCCAUUCGCACUCCCAAUCAUUCGGAGCGCUCGGUCGGCCUACUGUGCACGUGUGCAUGUUUUUGGAAGCACGUGCAAGAAGGCCAGAGCCCCGGCCGGACCUCUGAACUGCGAGUCGGACAUGCUGCCGUCGCCGACUCUUGAAUCGUUGACGUGGCUAAUAUUGUCUUUGUUCCUGUAAUAAACACUGGGAAACGGCAA